AAGGUCUUGGAAUGUGGAGAAGAAAAAAUUCUUACUUUGACAGAGGUAGAACGGUUCAAAGCUCUAGCUGCCCAGUUUGUUAAACUCCUUCGAUCUCAAAAAGAUAACUGCCUUAUGAUGACAGAUCUACUGACAGAAUAUGCUAAAACUUUUGGUUACACAUUUCAUCUCCAAGACUAUGAUGUCAGUUCAAUUUCAGCUUUAACACAGAAACUCUGCCAUGUUGUAAAGGUUGCCGAUAUGGAAUCUGGGAAACAGAUUCAGCUGAUCAACCGGAAGUCUCUACGAUCUCUGACUGCCCAGUUGCUGGUAUUGUUGAUGUCUUGGGAAGGAACCACCUAUCUUUCUGUUGAUGAACUCAGGAGACAUUAUGAAACUACCCACAGUACUCCUCUUAACCCCUGUGAAUAUGGAUUCGUGACCUUAACUGAACUUCUGAAGAGUCUGCCAUACUUAGUUGAGGUUUUCACUAAUGAUAACACAGAAGAAUGUGUGAAACUCACAAGUCUGUAUUUGUUUGCAAAGAAUGUGCGGUCUUUGCUUCAUACGUAUCAUUACCAUCAGAUUUUCCUUCAUGAAUUUUCCAUGGCCUAUACCAAGUAUGUUGGAGAAACACUGCAGCCCAAGACAUAUGGCUACAAUAGUGUGGAGGAGCUCUUGGGAGCAAUCCCACAGGUGGUCUGGAUAAAAGGACAUGGUCAUAAGAGAAUUGUAGUGUUAAAAAAUGACAUGAAAAGUUGUUUGAGUUCACUCAGUCUUUCUCCUGCCAGUCAUGAAAACCAGCCUUCAGAUAGUGAGCGGAUCCUGGAGGUGCCUGAAUCUUGCACAGCCUCUGAACUCAAGCCUGGAGCAGGUGGCGGUGGGUCCAGUCACAUGGAGCAGGAGCUUCUCCGCCUGACCAACGACUCCCCUGUUGACCUCCUGUGUGCACCCGUCCCUUCGUGCUUGCCAUCCCCUCAGCUGAGGCCAGAUCCUGUCGUCCUCCAAUCUGCUGAUCUCAUUCAGUUUGAGGAACACCCUCAAGAGCCUUCUGAAAUUAUGAUUUUAAACCAAGAAGAAAAAAUUGAAAUUCCAGUACCAAUGAAGAAGGAAAAACUGACCUGUGAUCCCCGAUCAUCUUGCAUCUCAACAGCUGUCCCAGUGCCUCCCGGCCCCUCCUCGGAAGCCCCAGAGUCACUGCUCAGCAAGGACCCCAUGGAAAGCCCAGCCAAAAAGCAGCCCAAAAACAGAGUAAAAUUGGCAGCCAACUUUUCCUUCGCACCUAUAACCAAGCUUUAACUCCCAUGUGAACGUAGAAGUAGGAUGGGAAAAACUGUCUGAUUCUGCACACAAAAGUAGGUUUAAAAACAUCCUUUUCUGUUUUUACGAAAACCCCCAGAAGCCACUUCAACUUAUUUCAUCUUUAGAUGUGUAUCCCAUAAUGUUUUUGUUUCUUUCACAUUUAACACAGCUUUGAGCUGAAGUUUUUCAUUCAUUCAUUCUUUUUCCCAAUUAUUUGAAAGAACUUCUGGUACUUGUUAAAGAAUCCUUAAUAUAUUUUACCAAAUUUUUCUUAACUAUUACAAAAUAUGGGGUGUUCCAGAAGGAGAAAGCAAUGAGAACGCAGCUAGCAGGAAGUAGUUCCACUUCAUUGAGCCACGUCGUUGGUGUUAAUCCUAAAUGUAGCAUAACGCAGUCCCUCAGCCUUUGCUUACUGAUAAGUUCCUGACGGUAUUAAUCAAACACAUGAUGUGUCUCUGAAACAAAGCCUGUUCCACGAGCCCACAGGUCACACACACUGAAGGAGAAGGGUAGGCGAGGAGUUGAGGGCAUAUUUUCAGGUCAGAAUAUGAAGGUUCCUGACUUCCAUGUGACUUGUAAGUGUGCCUUGUUUUUUAUUGACUAUGUCUGUAGUUGACAAAUGUGGCUUCAUCACAAAUUUUUUUUAAAUGUUUCCACUUCAGGGUUCCAUUUAGGAGCUUUCUAGAAAGUUGAGGAUGUUUUAAGCUUCCCUUCUAUGUUGAGUUCCAGUUUGAUACAGAUUAGGUUAAGGAAAAGGAGAUGGUCUCGUAGUCAUGAAUUUAAAGUCAGCGUUUGUAUUACAGCACACAUUAUUGUGUGUUGAGAGGCAAUGUUGGGAAGAGAGUCUGAUUUUCUAAAAUAUGCAUCAAAUGCAUAAAUUACAAAUCAGCUGAGUGGUGAGGUGCUUUAACAGGAGCGAUAUUGCUGUUUCCUCUAGGAAGAGACAGGAAUUCUAUCUGUACAUAUGAAGGCCAAGGGUGAUCAACUUAACCUUGUUUUUGUAAUUUUAAAGCUGGUUUGGGUAGCUGGGAAGCUUUACAUGUGAGUAUAUAUGUGUGUAUGUUAGCUCAGCAUCUUUUAAUAGUGUCUUUUUACGAUUGUUACUUCUCACUUAUGGAAGCAUGUUUGGAUUUUUUGUGGUGUCUGAUGUUGGCAUUUGGGAAAAGCCAGCCUUUGAAGGCACUGCCCUGUGGAAUGGCCUUCCUCUCUAGGUGCCUGAGGUGUCCGCUGAUGGGUGGCCUCUCUCCCCUCCUAGAGAAACCUGACAUUUACAAUGGAUUGUAUUUGUUGGGCAAAAAGGCAGAUUCAUUCAUAGAGCAGAAAGAACCUGUUGGCUCACGGUCUUCCACUAGUUAGUUGGUUUCUUUUGGGGAAAUGUUUAUAUUUUAUUUCUAGAAAGCCAGAAAAUGGGCUCUGAUUUCAUAGCCAGCAUUUUGAUAAAAUGCCACAAAAUAAGGGCUAGAGAGAGAUUUCUACAAGUUGGAUUUUUGUUCCCCAAAUCUUUUAAAUGAAGCCAGUGAUUCCCAGUUCUCAACACAUGGCCCAAUCAAGACGGCACAACACUGGGAAAACCUUCUAAGUAUUAUGGCACUCUCUGAAUCCUUCUGAAGGCAUUUCCUCUGCAGACAUAGUGUUACAGGAAGUAAAAUGCAAAUGUGCAAUUUUUUUUAAGAAGCUUUUUAAAAUGAAGUUGGUGUUGAGAGCAUCAGCUGCCUCAUUCUGAGAUUUCAUAAGGCUGACUUUGCACACUUGGAUGUCAGUUUUGCUGGCAUGUAAAGAAUUGUGGACUUUAAACAUGGAAGAGGUAUCCUUACAAGUCACUUGGGACUGUCUCAAAGAACGGGUUCUUUGGGCAACAGAUAAAGAAGAAACAAGUUCUGCACUAUCACGUGAAUGUGUCUUCGUGCCAUUCACUGGAGGUGCAAGUUUGGGACGUGUGUGUGACUCUAACAACCGCUGUUUAAAAAUGUGAGAGUGCAGCGAAAGCACGUGGUGUUCGUGAUGUCCUCCACCAUGGCCAGUACAACUGCUGUCUGUUUUUUUACCCAGAGGCUUAAUUAAAUGAUGUGACAAAAUGAUGUAUGAGCAUUAAGACGAUGGAAUUCGUUAUUUCUGGCUGGAAAGAUGUACCAGAUUAGAUUUAUCUGUUUUAAAAAAAACAACACAAAAAUUAUCACCAAAAACCCUUUCCUAUCUUGCACUGUUUGUUUUGGAUGGGGCUUGGGGGAAGAGAUGUUUUUCUUGUCUACUUUGUUUGAACACUUUUUUUGUGGUUCAAGUGCUGUUUUGUGUGUUGGGACCAAACAGUUGUCAAUAAAUUUUACAAGCAAGCAUCUAA